AUGAUGCAACAGGUUAUUAGGUCUAAUGCAAAUAUUAAUGAGGGAGUGGAUGCACAUGAUGCAUCAAUCAAGAAUAUUGAAGUGCAGGUUGGCCAAAUUUCUAUGUCUCUGAGCAAUCGUCCUCAUGGGACACUACCUACAGACACCCAGAUAAAUCCAAAAGAUCAAGGCCCAAAGCAGCUGAUGGCGGUAAGUCUACGUAAUGGCAGAGAUCUGGAUGUAGAGCAAGAGAGAGCUCAAGAAACUAGACAAGCUGAGACACUUAUACCAGUGCCCAUUGAGUUGGAUGAGUCAAUAAAACUGACGGAGGUGCCAGUCCAGCCCGCCCAGGAAGAAAAUAGUAUCCAUAAUGCGACCGAGAAAGAAGUUGAGACAGUCCAUGAACCAGUAGUUGAUGUAGCAGCUAAUAAGGAUCAAUCCCAGUUGAUUGGGAAGAAGAGACCUCCUGCACCUUUCCCUCAGAGGCUGGCUAAGUAUCAAAAGGAGGAACGAUACAAGAAGUUCUUCGAAAUGCUGAAACAAAUCCAGAUAAACAUACCAUUGAUUGAAGCUUUGAAGGAGAUGCCUGAUGCAGUGGUGACUAGACCAAUUUCAAAAAAGCUAUCUGAUCCAGGGAGCUUUACAAUUCCAUGCACUAUUGAUAAUUUUGCUUUUGCUAAACUGGCUGACAUGACAGUGAAACGACCCUCUGGUAUACUGGAUGAUGUGCUAGUUCAGUGUAUCGAGACUAACCUGGUUCUGAACUGGGAGAAGUUCCACUUCAUGGAGAUGUUGGCUGUGGUGUUUGCUUUCGAAAAGUUCAGAUCAUAUCUGAUUGGUUCUAAGGGAGCUGAAAAUGCAGCUGAGGUUGAAGAUAUUCUGGAAACCUUUACAGACGAGCAGCUGCUCGCUACUAAUCUUGAGAAAGCGCCAUGGUAUGCAGAUUUUGCAAAUUACCCGGCCUGCGUGGAACUUGAACAUAGAGCGUGGCGGGCACUAAAACAGCUGAAUCUAGACAUCGAGGCUGCGGGCACAACGAGGAUCACAGAAUUGCAUGAUCUCGACGAGUUCAGACAUCUUGCUUUUGAGAGCACAAGGUCACGAUGGUAUGGACCAUUUAGAGUGGUCAAGGUUUUCCCUUCAGGUGCUGUCGAGAUUGCCACAGAGAAAGAAUCUCGUACAUUUAGAGUCAAUGGGCAGAGAUUGAAACUAUAUGUGGGCAUGAGCGAACCAAAGGAAGUGUCUGAGCUACACCUGACUGAACCAUAG